CAGCUUGGCUUCCAGGCGGCGCAGCCAGACCGGCCGAGGUCUUCCUCUUCCUCUCCUCCGCCGGCUGCUGGAAGUAGAGAAGCCAGCCGGAGAAGUCGGCGGCUGCCCCGCAGCCGUGCGUCCUCCUCGCUUCCUCGCCUUCCCUCGGAUUCAAGCCGGCCGUCCCGGACUUCGCUCUGCCGAGCCCGCAGCCCAAGCCGCGGCCGACAUGAGCUUCUUGUUUGGUAGUCGCUCUUCUAAAACUUUUAAACCAAAGAAGAACAUCCCAGAGGGUUCUCACCAGUAUGAGCUCUUAAAACAUGCAGAAGCCACACUUGGCAGUGGGAACCUGCGGAUGGCCGUCAUGCUUCCUGAGGGAGAGGACCUAAAUGAGUGGGUCGCAGUGAACACUGUGGAUUUUUUCAAUCAAAUCAAUAUGCUUUAUGGAACCAUCACAGACUUCUGUACAGAGGAGAGUUGUCCGGUGAUGUCAGCUGGACCAAAAUAUGAGUAUCACUGGGCAGAUGGAACCAACAUUAAGAAGCCUAUCAAGUGCUCUGCACCAAAGUACAUUGAUUACCUGAUGACCUGGGUUCAGGACCAGCUGGAUGAUGAAACAUUAUUUCCCUCAAAAAUUGGUGUUCCAUUCCCAAAAAAUUUCAUGUCCGUGGCGAAAACAAUUCUCAAACGACUCUUUAGAGUUUAUGCUCACAUAUAUCACCAACAUUUUGACCCUGUGAUCCAGCUUCAGGAGGAAGCACAUCUCAAUACAUCUUUCAAGCACUUUAUUUUUUUUGUUCAGGAGUUCAACCUUAUUGACAGAAGAGAACUUGCACCACUCCAAGAACUGAUUGAAAAACUCACCUCAAAGGACAGAUAAAAGGAUGAAAGCUGCAAAUUUUUCCUCCAGUGGAACUAUGCGGAGUGUAUUUGGGCUUUGUUAUAUUUUGUUUUUAUUUGGAUUGUUUCUGUUUUAGGUUUGGGGUCUUGCUUGGGUUCCCUUUUCUCUUCUGAAAUAUAAAAUCAUAUUUUGUUGCUAGAGGAAGCCAAGAACCAUUCUUUACAUUUGAAAAUGGCAAAUUUGUCUUAGUGGUGUACAAUAUUUUUUUAGUAUUUUUUUUUUAUUAACCUGGUUUUGGUUAUUUGAGGACUUUUUAUGAUAUUGUACUUUGGAAACAAAUACUAACUGAAAUGCUGAUGGGUUGAAUUCUGUGUUAUGUAAAUUGUGGCCCACUUUGAAGUCCCUAAAAAAGACUUACGUGUUUUUAAGUGCCUUGAUAGGUUCACUUCUAAGAUGCAAAGCACAGAUACAGGACUGAGCAGAGCUUGAAACAAUAUUAGAAUUUCUAUCUAGGGCACUUAGUUGUGCAUGUUGUAAAGUAAUCUGUUAUAAAAGCCAUAGUUUACUCAAGUUCAUGUCCAGUUUUUGCUACCUUGAAAAAACAUAAUUUGUAAAGUUGUGCAUGUAGAACAUAAAUGUAAAACAAAAUUAUUUCUUAAUUAUUUUUGACAUAAUUUGUAAAGGUGUGCAUGUAGAACAUAAAUGUAAAACAACAAAAUUCUUAAUUAUUUUUGAUAUUGACUAAUAUAUUCUGUUCAGCAGAUAUUUAAGGUUCUACAAGCAGGUCUUUUUCCAUCUCUUGAUAUCUGUGAUAUUGAAAUUUGAGGAUGUUGAAAUGUGAUAGCCAUUGCAUUUCAGCUUCUUCCUAUAUGUUAAAUGCACUGUAAGUGUAAAACUUCAGGUUAUAUAUAGAAUUACCGUCUUCAGAAAGGAUGUUGAACUGUGAGGUUUCCUAGGAAUUGCCAAAUGAGCCGUAAGUGCAGAAUCCCCAUGUAUUUCAGAGAGGAAGGAAAAAUGAGAAUGGGUGGUGGCAGGCAUUAGUUUGUUUGGGAAAUCAAAAGAGAAACAAUUAAGUAUGGGAAGUCAAUUCUAGAAAGUUCUGUUUAAAACCGUGGAAUAGAAUGGUGUUUAUUACUCAUAAACAGAGUCUUGAAGACUUCCUUUUAGAAAUCAGCUUCCAUGAGAAGUUAAAAAUACUUAGUUUUAGGUACAGACAUUAAACAUUUAAUGACUAUUUGGGGAAAUUAAUCACUUUUUUUUUUAGCAUGUCCAUUCAGUGAAUGAAGCUGGUGUCUGACUGUCAUUUUAAAUGACAUACUACCUUGGUUUCUGGUGCAGUGUGAAGCACCCUGGCUUCUUAGUUUCCACUGUGAAAUCUAUAUUCUUUGUGGCGAUACCAAGUAAUGAGAAUGCUAGCUCGGUAGUUAAUACCUUUUAAAUUUUAGUUGACAUGACAUUCUGUUGAGUUGUCAUCAUCAAUUACAGGUUCAAAAAUUUGGUUUUUAGAAUAAAUAUUGAGGUUUCCCCUCCCCUCCCUUCAGUUUUGUUCUUGAGAAAUACUCUUUUCAGACCCUGAGUUUUAAUUUUGUCAGUUUGGAUAAAUCUGUUUCCCUCAAUUCUCUCUCUCUCUCUGUAGUUAGUUUCCCCUAGUAAAAUAGAAAUGCUUGCUCUGAAUUUGUAUGCAAAUAAUUAGUGGAAAAGAGUCUAAAAUUAAGUAAAUUUGGUUUUGUCAUUGACAAGUGACAAUGAUAAGAAUUGAAUGCCCUUGCAGUUAUGAUCACUAGGAACUGCCUUUUUCUCCAUUUCAUUUCUAUAAUGGCGAUUGCUCACCAAGUACCAAUAAUAAAAGGAACAAAACCUUGGAAAAGGUAGAUAAUACUGGGCAUUCAGUAGUAGUGCUUAUUUGUGAACUGACAGCUAGCUGAUUUCCUUAAAAUAUUUUUUUUAGUAUCUAAAUAGAUAACAUCAAGCAUUAUGAGUUGCUUCAGAAUUCUGAUGUUUGAGUCUGCUCUGAACCGUAAAUGAACCUACAAUUACUCACUGAAAUGGUCUUCCAUAGUCUCUUGAUGUCAUAUCACCCUAGUAACAUGGGGCUUCCGUAGCAGCAGCUUGUAGAGAGGAGAGGGAGAGGUGGUUUCUGGUCCUUUAAGCCUUACAUACAGCUGUAAGAAUGGAAAACUAAUCCUACAAAUUAGUGCUUGGUAGUAGAAGUUAAUGUUCCCACCACACUAUGUAGGAGCUAUUUUCACUGUGCCAGAAUCUCAGGUGCCACUGUUACAAGUAGUUUCUCAAUUUGGGGAAGUAAGGAGAUAACGGUUUUUUUUGUUUUUUGGGUUUUUUUUGGGGGGGGGGGUUGUGUGUGUGUGUGUGUAUGUGUGUGUGUGUUUGUGUGUGUAUAGUGAGAAAAUAGAAACUCUUCUGGGGAAGGGCCUGGCAAGUGUACAUGGUGGCAGAUGGCGCUAAGUAAGGAAACACUAGAAGUCAAGAGAAAGCCAGUUUGGUAAACUUGCUUGGAGAGUAAAAUGCCCUUUUAUAGAGUAAAGAUCAGAGUUCAUUCUGCAGGAGAGCUUGCUUAUAACUGUCUCUUAGAUUCCUUUCAGAUCUGCUCACUUAGAAAUAAAAUCUCUCCUUUCUUUCUCCCCCUCACUGCCCCCCCUUUUGAGACUUGGUGUAUGUGUAGCCCUAGCUAGCCUGAAACUUGCUACAUAGAGCAGGUUGGCUUCAAAAUCUCAGAGAUUCCUUGCCUCUGCACCCUACAUGGCUGUGGGACUAAAGGGGUGCACCACCAUUAUCUGGUUACCCCAUUUUUUAUGCAGUUAUAAAAGUGCAAGUUGUUUUCCUCAUUCUUUCAUAAGCUCAUCCCAUAAAUUGGAUAUAGAAAAUUAUCAUUAUAUUGUUAUUCACAGUGCUUUGGUUAGAUGCGUAUAUAAUGAAGCAGGUUUUAGGAAAUAUUAGUUGUCAGCGUAGUGGUCAUGAAGAGAGACUGAUUGAGUAGGUGCUGCUGCUGUCCUGUUCACUUGUUGACUUGGUUCUUCCACUUCCCACAGAAGCCACACCGUUACUGCCCCAGACCACAAGCAUGCGUGUGUUGGUGGGUGGCUCUGGAGCUCUGUGUACCAUAAACUGAAAGCAUUUUAGGUUGCCACUUUUUAUUCUUUUAGUCAUUGUAGAUUCUAAAUGGUCAACAUAAAAUGUAUUAGGUAGUAGAGUAUAUUUUUAAUAUGUAUUUCUGAGUUACUACCUGGAUUAUCAGGAUGGAUGAAGCACUACAAUCUCUUCCCAGAAAAUAGAAAUAUGGAUAUUUAUAUUUUGCAUAUGUAAUCACUAGAUUCCAUUUUGUGUAAUGAGCAUUUUCCUUGCUUAUGGGAAAAGUAGCAGCAAAACAACAGAUUUCUUUAUAGCUUUGUCUACACCCUCUCUGAGAGAGGUUUUGAUAACCACUAAAAUGGUAGAUUAUGUGAGAUACAAAUAUUAAGUUGUGAAACUUCCUUUUAAAAUGAGUGUGUUGUACCUUAAUUAAUAUCCAAAUGAGAGCUGACUUUCAAAGCAGUUCUCUUUGGAGCACUGUUUAUUUCAGCUAUGUUCAAAGUAUGUUUCUAGAACUUUGUCAUGUGUCAUAGGUGCUUUGAGAGUUGGUUUAUGACUACAUAAGAGAUCAUUUUCAUUUUUUUAGUUGUACAAUAACAAUUUUUGAAGCUAACAGAACCAACAUUAAUUACCAAAUCAAGUUCACAAACUUGGCUAUUCUCUGAGAACCAAGCCGGCUUGGUAAUUAAGAGUGUGUUGUGGCUCUAAGUCUUGGGAGAAGAUUGCUAUUGGUGGCUGCGUCACAGGGUAGAAGUUCCCUGAUGCCACCAUUGGAAUAGGAACCAUCAUUUACAUGUGAAAACAUUUUUUAAAAGAAAUUAAGUAUAAUUACUUUAAAUUUAAAUAGAAUUUUUAAACUAAGAUCUUUCUCUAGAUCUUGCUUUCUUUUUUGCCCCCUCCCUUAUCUUUUAAAACUUUUGAAUAUGUAGGAUAGUUUUGAUUGAGAGAAUAGUAUGAAAAAGUGGAUCAGUACUUUAAAGCAGCAGUUUAAAGAAACAAAGCCUUUUUACCUCUGUUGUAUUCUGUUUUAUUUUAAACAAGUCUUUCUUUCAAUCUGACUUUAAUUAAAGACUGGAGGUUGAUGUAUAGGAAAAAAUGGAAUAAAUUUUAUUAUAAAUUAUGCCAUGUGUUAUCUAUUGUGAAUAGCAUUUAAAAUUAUAUAAGUACUCAGAACAUGUAAUUUAUAACAUUAAAUUCUGAUUGAAAAUAUACUGGACCAAAAGUUUAUCUGUAACGUGGAAUGUGAUUGCAUACUAGGAAAAUAUGUUAUUUUGAAACUUUCUUGACAUAUUUUAACCCAGCUCAGUCUUGAAGUAGCGUUCCUAAUGGACUUUAGUAUUAGGGCUUUGCCGUAAUCUAGAGAUUUACCAUAGGAGCCACUGUUAAUCAUCAUGAUCAUCUGUGAGUGAUAGAGAUUUGUUUCAAGAUUUAAUAAGAAAGUUCAAAACCAACAAACAGACAUGCAACAGGAUUCUGAAGGCAGAUGAUUUGAAUUGUUAAGGCUUUUAGAAGUUCAUCUAUGAGAAUUCAUUUGAAGGAUAAGACUGCCGUGGUCUCUGUCUACUACUCAUAUAGCUGGACUUAUUUGUAUUCUCACAAAAGAGAAAAAGUGCAAAUUAAAUUGGGCCCUCAGUUUUUAAUUGUGGUGCAAGUUCCUGGUACAGGUGUUUUCCUUCCCUCCCUUCCUCCUCCCCUUCUUUCUCUUCUUUCCCUCCUUCUUCUUUUGUACGUAUUGCUACACAGUUCUCAAACAUGCAGUGAGAUCACUGGCCUUGACAGAUUUGUGUUUUCCACUCUGCAGCUUUGUGUACACUGCUCACAUGCACUUAAGGCUGACUUCACAGCUAGUCUUUGUUAGUAGUUCUGGAGUAUUGUUGACAUACAGGUUCUCUGUCAUUUGCUUGACAGGUUCCUAGUUUCCUAAUGCCACCAAAGCUGCAGUUAUUAUUGGUGAUGUAAAGUGACAGUUUCCUAAUUUCUCUUAUAAUUAUUCUUUUUGUUUGUUUUUUCGAGAUGGGGUUUCUCUGUGGCUUUAGAGCCUGUACUGGAACUAGCUCUUGUAGACCAGGCUGGCCAUGAACUCACAGAGAUCCGCCUGCCUCUGCCUCCCGAGUGCUGGGAUUAAAGGCGUGCGCCACCACCGCCCGGCUCAUAAUUAUUCUUAUAAGUGGAUAUUUCUUCUAGUUUUGCACAAAUUUGCGUUUUUGUUUCUGAAAUAGUAUAGGUUGUAAAAUCUAUUAGUGCAUUUUUAUUUCAGAACAUUUUUCUCCUUAAAUUGUUUUGCAGAAAUGACUAUUUUUAGGGAAAAUAGUUUUUUAUAGCUACUAAAUUUUGUUUGUUAUUUUUGUAUAUGCAUAACCAGGGUGGUGAAAUCACUAAUAUUUUAGGGAAGACUUUUGUUCUAUUUGAUUUUUUUCCUAUACAUUUAAGAUAUUACUUAAAAGUAUUGGUAGAAAUAAUGUCAUGAAAACAGUAAAUAUAAGGAACAUUUAAAGUCAGAAUAGAAAUCAUUUUUGAAGACAAAAAUCAGAAAUACUGCCAGUACCAAGUAAAGGAAGCAGAAGGGCAGCAUUUGCAUUGUGCGCUUGCUUUAGUAUGCACGGAGACAGAGUCUGUUCUCAUGAGGGACAGGUUCUCUACUGGGCAGUUAAAUGGGACAAAGAUGGUCUAAAAUAUGAAAUGCAGCGUGGGUGCCAUGUUGUAAAUUGUGCCAAGAUUAUACAAAUUGUAACUAUUGAUCAAAGUAUAAUUGCUUCAUUAUUGUUAUUUUAAAGGAAAUUCUGAAUGUCAGAAAAUCUGUAAUGUUUUAUUUUAGAAAUGUAAAUAAUGUAUACAGUCUUAUAUGUGGUGGAAUGGGAGGUAUUUAAAUUCUAAGUUUUUCUUUUGUUUAAAAAAAGAAGAAAAUGUUUAUAAGGAAAAAAACCCCUAAUAAAUAGUUAUGUUUGACCAUGAA